AUGACCUACCGUCCCGGCGCACGCGCAAUCUGCGGCACGCCCAUCUCCUAUUACCAAGACAACCUCAAGAACCGCCGCCGCUUCCGCUUCCGACUCUGCCCUGCGACAGAGCGCGAAGUCAUCGACGCCGUCAUCCAGCGCGGCAAGCUCGAGCCGCCUUCCCGCCGCUGGAUUCUUCAGCUCGCGGCCAGUUGCGGCAUUCGGUUCUCGGCGGAGGACAAACCCCGUGGCGGGGUCAGGGCCGGGGCCGAGCCCAAGACCAAGGUCCACGCUCCGUACAUCGACCGAGUCCUCGAGGACAAGUUCACCAACAAGGUCGAAACGAUCCUCAAGCUUGCCGUCAAGAAGGGCAGCAUCACCACUCCUCCUGCCGUCCACCCAUCUGGACCUACUGCCGCAGUCAAGCAGCUCCAUCCCAGCACCAUCGCAGCCACCAGUGUUACGAUCGGUAUCGAAGCGAGCACCAACGCUGAUGCAAUGACGAUGGAUCGAAGCUCGGGUUCGCAGGAGGGCUUUGUCGAACAGGUAGAAGAGACAGGUUCGAACGUUCGGGAGAAGAGGAAGCAGAAGAGGAAGGUCGCAAGACGAGGACGUCACGAUGCGAUUGAUGCGCUUGUUGACGACAUUUGGGAGAAGAUGUGUCUGUAG